UUUUUACUUAAUUUUUAAGUGAUGGAGGUGAAAGUGAACAAGAAAAGUAAAUCCUCGACGGACGAGGAAUUGCUGCAGCUUUCAAAACAGGAGCUGAUCGACAAAAUUAAACAACUAGAAGCCCACAACUCCCAGCUAAAAUGCAUCGUACAAAAGAACCUCAAACCGGACACGAAGAAUGAAAAUGGAAAACACUCCAACAAGCGUCGUCCGUUUGAUUUCAGCAAGUGUCACAAACGCCACAUUCUGCUGCGUUUCUUCUACCUUGGCUGGGACUAUCAAGGAUUUGCGGCGCAGGAGGAUUCCAUCGAAACGAUCGAACAUCACCUAUUUACCGCUCUACAGAAGGUUUGUCUCAUCGAGAGCCGUGAAACAUCCAAUUACAAUCGUUGCGGACGCACGGACAAAGGCGUGAGUGCGUUUCAUCAAGUGAUCAGCAUCGAUGUUCGAUCCAAGAUUGCACCGGAAGAUGAUCAACUGAGCGAGGACAGCCUAGCAACCGAGCUCGAUUACUGUGGGAUGCUAAACCGCGUUUUACCAGAAGAGAUCCGCUGCCUAGCGUGGAUGCCGAUGGUCAAUCCCAGCUACAGCGCUCGGUUCGACUGUCGGUCACGCACCUAUCGGUACUUCUUUCCACGUGGCAACCUUCGCAUCGAUGCUAUGCAGGAAGCUUGUCGCCACCUCGUUGGGGCGCACGAUUUCCGAAAUCUCUGCAAAAUGGAUGUAGGCAAUGGAGUGGUCAACUUUGUGCGAAGUAUCGAUGAAUGUACGAUCCAUGCAUCGCAGACAGACAGUUCCGGGAUGGGGAGCUACGAUAUGAUGUACCUGCAGCUACGCGGUAAAGCGUUCCUAUGGCAUCAAGUACGUUGCAUAAUGGCCGUACUGUUGUUAGUUGGAGAUGGCAAGGAAGAUCCUACGAUCGUAAAGGAGCUGCUGGAUGUGGAUAGGAAUCCCUGUAAACCACAGUACAGUAUGGCAAGUGAUGUACCGCUCAACCUCUACGAUUGCCAGUUCAAUGAAAAGAGCAGCGAUGCCUCCGGAGAAUCCGUGUCCGAAGGAAGCGAUUUGAGGGAUUGGAUCUUCAAAGAGGAAGAUCUGCGUCGCACCAUCUCCGAUUUACAGACUCUGUGGACCCGAGCGAGUGUGAAAACUACAAUGAUGCGUGAAAUGUUGCAAACACUCCAGGAUACCUUCACUCAGCAUUUUGGCGCACAUGAUCAAAUCAGCAAUCAGGCGUCUUCUCUUACACUCGGAGUAAGAAGCCGGGAAUAUUGUCCCCUGUUGCAGCGCCAACGAUGUGAAAGCCUCGAGAAUCGUAUCGAGCAUUUCGCCAAGAAGCGACGGAUUGAGGUUAGCAACAAAUCAAUCGACAGCAACGUUUGUCCCCCCGGCGCACUGGAGAGCAGCACGUAGCGAGCAUAAAGACUGAACCGUCCAGCCGCAUGAAGAUGUAGAUCAAACGUCGUGGCCAUGCGCUCGGAAUAAUGGAUGAGCGCGGAAUCGCGAGCGGACUCACACCGAAGAGCGACUGCUGAUGAAUCGUUUCAAAUC